GGGCCAGUUUCCACUUGAAAAGUCUGGGCUACACCCACUCUUCCCUCUGGUCGUGCAGCAGUUCAAGCACAGUUGUUGCCUUUAAGCUGCUCUGAAAAGACUGUGCUCGGGGAACAAGAUGGCAUCCCAGCAGAUCUGCUCCAGGUUCAUGGGGCUGGCCGUGUUUCUGACACUGCUGGCUCUGAAAGGUGAGCUCCAUCUUUGGUUUUGCCUCUGCUUUCCUUUUCAGAUGUCAUAUUUGUGGUAUUCAUUUUGUAUAUCCUUUGCCAUCUGGCCCCCUUAUUUAUUUGCGUUUAUUCCUGGAUAUUUUUUGUGUACUUGGAUGUAUGACAGUACCAGCACUUGAAAAGAUGAAUUACAGCAUGUCAGAGUGUGGGGGAUCUAUAGGAGAAGGUCUUUCCAAAGAUGACGAUUUUCUCACCAGUUUUUCUUUGACGCUGUCUUCUUCACUCACAUCUUUAUUGUAACUAUGAUAUGGAAAAGAGCAGCAAAGAUAAAAUCAAAGUUUUUUCUGUUAAACUGCAAAGGUAGAUGGCCAGCACAACAGUUUUAUACCAUUCAUUUUGAUCCAGUAUGAUUUACAACGCAUGUACAGGAAAUCUAUUUCUGAUUAAAGACCUGAGACAUGGGCCAUCCAUCAUAGUCAUAUUUACAUCUGUUCGAAUACUGUGUACAUUGAAGUCUGGAUUUCAUCACAAUGCAUGCUAAUUACUGCCACUACAUGACUGCAUGAAGGACACAACUCUUUCUUUUUCAUUGUUAAGAUAUUGUCUUCAGACGGCCACAGUGCUGCUCAAAAGUGUCUUCAGCUCACAAGGAACAUUUUAAUAUUCACACACGCACACAAAACCCCUCAAAUUCCACAUAAUCUUCAGGUAUGGUGCAUUUGUAAACAAAAGCAGAUGAGAAAUUUGUGCAACAUCCUCCAGUCCUCUUUGUAGUUUUCUUUCAAGAAGAAGUCUGAAUGAAAACCCAGCAGAGAAAUAUAUAUUUAUGUUUAAAGAAGAUAUACUGUGAGUGACUGUGCAUCCUCUGUGUACAUUUAUCAUUUUUAUAGAUUGUCAUAGAGCAGGUUGCAGUUCCUUCCCCUGCUGUCAUGUUACAAAUAUCACUCUCUGACUUUCACAGCUUGCUUUGUUGAUGUCAUGUCCUGCUUUAAACCCCUCCUUCCCUUCCCCACCAUCCCCCCACAAUUCAACAGGGGGGACUUCUCGCUGUGAGGGACAUGUGUGAACAAGCAACUCUGGAAAAUGUUGGGGGGCAGCACUUCUGAAAAUAUAAGACAAUCUCAGGAAUGUAUCAGUAAGACAGACUUAAUGCUGUUUUCACACAUGCACCAAACUCCUGAAAUUUUCCUCAAAUUUCUGAAAAGGCUACAUGUGCAAAUGCAUAAAAAACCUUUUCCCUUUAACUUAACCCAGACUUGUCCCUGUCAGACUCCUAGUAGUGAGAAAUUGCAUAGAGUCUGGGUGAGCCAAUGUUAGAACACAACAGAUAAUAGUUGGAAAAAUUCAACAAGCAAAUAAGCGACUGUAAUAUCAUGUCACUGGUGCUUUAGGCUCUUGUGAGGAGUUUUUCUUAUACCCAUAAAAUAGAUCGAAAUUCAUAUUGAUGCCUAUUUAUGGUAUACACAAGCAACUAAAAAGAAGCUCCUUAAAUUUGUAAAGGGCAAGAUUAGCAAAGGCUGUUUUGUCCACAGGGGGCAGCAAAACUGACACAAACUUCCAUUUUAAUUAGUGUGGCACAUACUGAAGCUUCUUCAUACUGCUUUCUCCCUACUACUGUGUUAUUUUCCACAAACUGACUGACACCGUGAAUAUGUCUGUUUGCACAUUAUUGAUAUAAAGGUAGAAAUUGUCGUAAUUAUUUCCAACUUUGCUCGCCAACUUGAAAAUCUUGAAAAUGUAACACUGCAACAACUUAGGAAAAUUACAGGAACAGGCAGUCCUGAACUUUUCUAGAUUUUUUCUGGAGUGUGUUUAUGUGAAAUACUUCAGACUUACAGCUAUACGGAUAAUAUCUACAUUGAGAGCAUGGACAUGUUUACCACCCAGCAUGUUUACAUUUAUUGGCUGAAAGUGGACUUUUAAAAAACAUGUAAACAUAUCAGUCAGUCUGAAAUCACACUAAAUCGAACUUCUCAAAGUCAGACUAACAUACCUGGAUAAUGCUGUUGAGGAUUUUCUCUUUCAUAUGUAUGGCUAAGUAGGUCUGAAACUGGUUUCAGUGUUAGACGCAUGCUCUAGUGUUCUCAAGCCGGGCUUUGAGCCAGAAAUUAAAGAGCAUGAAUGCAUUGCUAGGAAGCCGGGAUGUCAAAAACCUUAACAGAUAAAGAGAAGACAUAAAAAGAAGGAAACUUUCCUGACAUAAAACCAAAGAUCACAGAUCUGUAAAAGUGAAGGUGUUUUCUUUGUCAAUGUAUAUCCCAUCAGCCUCUUACUAAUGUGUUUUAGGGGCUGUUUUGAUAUGUAAUACGUCAUCCUGGAGACAACCCAAUGAUAAUACCUUCAGUAUGGUCUUGUGGCUUUUAAGACUAACUCAUUGCUCUGGCUUUCCAGUAGAGUACAGGAGUGAACCAGAGGGUGAAAAUAGUGUAUAUGUGUAUGAAUGUUAUCACCCCUGAGAAACGUGAUGGGUAGAUGGAUGGAUAGAUGGGUGGAUGGAUGGAGCACACCUAGUUCUUGCAUUAAAAUGCGGAGAUAUGCUGAAUGUUGCACUUUAAGAAAAGUGCAGUGAGAGCACUGAAAUGAGAAAGAUUGAAAACAGCUCAGACUAAAAGUCACACUGAAGAAUGACUCAGACUCUACAUGUUAUGGACAGAUGACUAUAGACAGAACAAGCCUCUCACAGGAUUGUGUUGUUUGCAGCUUAUUUACACCCUAAACUGGAGAAAACCCACAUGUUAGCAAUUUUCUCAAACCAUAUCCUCCUGACACUAACCACAAAGUGAAAAUGUGUUUCGCUUCAGCUCCGACUCAGUCGACUUUAAGAUGUGGACUGGAUUUCCAUACAUAUUGUGAGGCACAUGGCGUUCUCAGGCUUACAUAAAGCACUCAGUUUCAUGUUUUAAACUUUCGAAGAAGAGGAGGAGGUGAAUGAGCCCCCCAGAGACCUGAGGAAUCGUGGCCCAGAUGUAUGGCGGGGCUUCAGUGCUCUGGGAAAAGGGCUCAGUGCCUCCUCAAGUGUCGCUAACCAGCGUGUGAUUGGACUGGCUAUGUGCAGUGAGGUACAAGACACCUCAUUAGUUCCCACUUUGUCUAUGUCUUAAGACAGUGUUUAGCUCUGAUGAAAGAUGUGAGCAGCAGGAAGGAUGUAGUAAAUAUAUUUACAUGCAAAUUGGUGUCUGAGUAUCUAUAAGAUGUGUGUUGGAAAGCCCCCCCGUUAACCAUGCUCCUCGCUCUACACUGACAUUUAGGUUUAUAAUGAAAACGGAGAUUGAGCUCAGCCGUGAAACUAGGUUAAUUUAAAUGAAAUAGGGGAAAAGGAUGUAUGUAAAAUUGUUGAAGCUAAUAAUAAAACUCAGAGCAGAUCAUGCAGAGCGAUCUGGAAAAAUGUGUUUUUGAUGAAUCCCUGACAAUGAAGAUGAAGCGAGAGUGAGGACUGCUGAACAACAUCUGUUAGAAAUAAAAUGAGUAAAAGGGAAAAGCUUCAUUCGAAACAUAUAAAGGGACAUACCAAUCAACAUAAACCAACUCAUUUCAUCUUUGUCAUGUUCAUAUUGAGGUUUAUUCUGAUCUUAACUAUAAGGGCUGUUAAAAAAUAACAAAAAUCCACAGCAGUUUUAUAGAUACGAGCCUAAAAUAAGAGCGUUUAGUUACUUGGACUUCUUUUUAAGGAGCUAAAUUGUUCGUCUGCGUUUCCACUAGAGGCCUGAAGUUGAGGGUAAAUGAUGCUAAUCAGGUCAAUGACAUCCAGAGAGGGUACUUGGAAAUGGAAUUACUUGUACAGCUCUUUACUCAAAUCUCUGCUGAGUUGUUUUAUUUUUUUUAUGAAAAAAUCGUUCACAAAUCACAUUGGCAGCAGGCAAGCUGUGAUAAUUAUUAUAUAGCAUCAGGCUAUAUGGAAUAUUUGUCCUUGUGCUGUUGCCUUUGGUGCCUCUAUCUGUUUAACCUUCUCUCUGCUCAGCUGGUGUCGGUGUGUAAAAUGUACACCAGCCUUUAGGGUAAACAAGAUUGUUUCCUGAUGAGAUUGACCUGUUAAACUGUUAUAACACACAAAAGCAUCCCUGAGAUGGAAAAAUGUACAUAAACAGAGUCAAAAUUCCUGUAUAUACAUAGCUUUACUGCUCUUAUUACCUUUAGGUUUUGGAGAAUAUAAUCCAGAAUCUCCCCUACCUGCUCUGUGUGUGUGUGUGUGUGUGUGUGUGUGUGUGUGUGUGUGUGUGUGUGUGUGUGUGUGUGUGUGUGUGUGUGUGUGUGUGUGUGUGUGUGUGUGUGUGACAACCUGUUUUUUUAAUGUGAAUGAAAUCAUCAGGCCCUGCCUCCCAAACUCCCCAAGCCACUGAAAAGUACAACCCCCUGAACUGGGCCUUCUCAAGAAGUAGAUCUUGUACCGCCCAAAUUAUCCAAAAUAAGUAUUUAAACUCAAAACUGUCAUAUGAUAAACGUCAAUGAAAUAAAAUGAAAUGCAUCAUGGUGCUUUUUUAUGAUGAUUAAAAGCAAAAAAGACCAUCACUGACAUGAUUGAUGAUUUUUAUUUUGGAGCUUUUCAUGCCUAAAAGCAGAACAAGGGGGUAGGUGUCAGCCAAGCAGCUGAAGAAACAGCCCCAAUUUCAUAUUUUACACCAAAGAUACCUUCUUCAUUUGACUGUCAAAAGUCAGCAGUGAGAUAUUUUUGUAAAUAGACUCGACUAAAGCAAGACAAGGAAAAACUGUUUUGUCCACAGGGGGCGCCAAACUUGACACGAGCUGAAAGUUUGCCAUAGGAGCUUUGAUAAGCAUUUCAAUGUGUUAUUAUUUUAACACAAAGGGGGCCUUGUCUUUGUGUUUACUAAUCUGUGACACUAAGAUACACAAAGUUUUUGUUAUUAUGAGUAAAUACACCACAAUUCACGAAGCACUGAGGACUCGGGGAAAAUGUUUCAAGUGAAGUGAAGUUGUCUGAUUGCAACCUGCAGACUAAUGCAGAGGGAACUCUACUGACCUCUAAAAGUAACGGCUCUACUGAGGAUAGCACCUGUUUUCUUUUAGUUGCUAUUGACUGUCUAUGGUAAUGACAAUCAAUGAAUAAGGUUAAGCAGCAUGUCUUCCUGUAAUGUAGUGCUUCUCAAAUUAAGGAAACAUGCAAAUGAUUGUGACAAAUCAAAGAUUGUGAUUAAUAAGAUGACUUCUCCAAUUGUUUGACAGCAUAAAUGUUUUCUCUACCUGCACUAAAACAAUAUUUGUCCCAUUUUCGACUGUGCGUCUGAUUUUCUCAAGAUGAAGGACAGCAGAUUUCAUUGUUAAAUAAUUAAUCUGGAUUUUUAACUAACCUGCUGUGAAGGACGAUGUCUCUCAUUUGUUUCCUCUUGCCUCUCCUCAACAGAUGUAUCCAGUGACAGCAGCCUGCACAAAAUCUUGAGGAAACGAGAGGGUAACAUUAUGAAUAAAUAAAAGAAAUAAAACAUUUACUCUUGAAGAAACAAAGUGUGGAACAGACCAGUUUAUUCUGUUCCCUCUGUGUACCUUCCCCCAGUGGCAGGAGCAGGUACUGCCCCCUCAAAGUCCUCCAUCGCCGUGCCGUCCUCCAAGGCUCAAGAGUUCCUGGCUAAACUGAGCCGAACAAAGAGGAACAUCUGGGAUCGCAGCCGACCAGACGUGCAGCAGUGGAUUAUGCAGUUUAUGCACAUGGGAUAUGAUGAGCAGGUGAGUUGUGUUUGUUCACAGAGUUCAAGUUUCCUCUGAACUCUUCAAGUCCCAAAACACAACAAAGCCCCCAGUGGAGCUGUCAACAAGACAGGAUUUCUGCAAAACAAAACUGAUCCACAUAACAAACAGGACAUGGAUUUACCCCCCUCUGAGAAAUGACCCUGCCUAUGAGGGAAAGAGCACGCACACAUACACACGCAGAAACAGAAACAGAAACAGAAACAGCAGGGAAACGCUGAUUCUGAGCUCCAUGUUUACUUUGUUUUUGACCAGCAGCAUAAAUACUUCAAGUUCUGUGAACAAAAUGUUUCCAUGUGGUGAUUUUGAAAAGUUCACUUGUAUGUUUCCUAAAAAGACCCCAACCUUUGUUUUCAUUCCAGGACUGAAAUGAACUCUGCAUAGAGAUGAGGAGUUUUCAAGAGCUGCAAAGAAAAAAUAAAGCACUACAGGCAGACAUCUAUUGGAUCAUGUGCACAGGGUUUUAGCUAAUGUUUUGUAGUCCUGAAAGCUAAGCUAAAACCCAACCAAAAAUCUUGACUCACUUCUUCAAAUCUUUUUCACAGGGUUUAAGUGGCUGUGGUCAAGUUUUGAAAUAUAUUGUAACACUCUUAAGUCAUUAAGGACUCAGUAAUGGGUGACUAUAAACUUGUUCUAACGUACAGUAUAAUUGGUGUCAGCUGAGCAGCUCAAGAAACAUGUUUUUACAAUUUCAGCAUAACAUAUCCUCUUUUUCUUGAAUCUCUUCCUUUUCUAAUUGCUAGUAAACCGUUCAACUUUUUAGGCCCGUCUAUUCCUGUGCAUCUGUUACUCUUAUUAAAAAAAAAAAAUGGUUUCAGCUAGAAAAGCUUAAAGACAGAAUUUUGGAGACUUCUGUCUCUCUCACUCAUAGGAUGUGUGAAUCCUAUCAAAAUGGUGCUACCCCCCAAAUUUUUGAGUUAUUUUUUUCAAUAUUCCAGUUAAACUCUCCCCCCAAAUUUUAUAAAAACCUUGAUUCAGUUAUAUUACUUUUUUAUGCAAUCUCCAAGGCAAUCAAACAAAACUUUCAGAAACUGUGGGGGUUAUUCCUCCAAGUAUUCCAACAUUAUCUUGGCCUGUUAAUGUCAGACUUUACCUACAAAACCAGUUUCUCCAAACAAGUGUGCUCCAUGAUACAUCCAAGUGGUUGCAAAGGGAGUCACAAGCAGUGAGAAUUAUUUCAGUCCUCCUGUUUCCUGAAACAGGUGUCAGGUACAAGAUAGCAGAAGUCACUCCAGGUCAUGUUUGUUGGUCAUGCUCAUGGAUGUACCUUUUUGUCCAGACAUCUUUGACUAGUAUUUUAAAAUUUAUGAUCUUAAGAUUGAAGCUGAUGCAUUAAUCACCUCAAUUACAGUUGAGCAGAGACUUUUAACUAAGUGCUAAUUUCCUGAUGACAUGCUGAAUGAAUAAAUGAAUAGAUACAAAUGUGGGACUACCAAAAAGGAAAUGUAAAGAUUCCUUAUUUUGCAGAAAAUCCAAGUCCAGGUGCAGACCUAGUUUUGGUUCUCUCUCAGGUAUCUGACUGUCAUAUAGAAUUCACUUUGGGGACAGUGAGGAACCAAGGGAGCAGAUAAUGUGGACGGAAAAAAAAAAGCCAGAGUGCACAACAUCAUCUCGUACUGCCACCAUUUUUGACAGCUGACAGGGUUUUCGUUUCGGCCUGUGGAGCAGUCGUUCCCAGGGAUGUACGCUGUUGGAUGCUGCUUCCUUAAAAGGCCAGAGCGGUGAAAGCAUUGGCCUUUUCAACAUUUGCCUUCCAUCCGUGUCUGUGCUCAUGACAGUAUAAGAGGAGACCUUAUCAGCUGCCUCUUUGUCUAUUGGCUUGGGAUUUGUUGAAGCUGAGUUUCCUAACAAGCCGUGUCGUUCGGGGUGUUUUUUUCUCUUUCUCUGACUAGAGGCUGGAGGCCGACCUGUCAUACUGGAUGGACCACGCUCGCUCCACUGAUCAGGGGCGUCAGCAUCACUAUGAUGAAAACUCCCCAAUCGGCCCGCGGUACCCUGGAUCCUACCGACAUGGAGCUAAUGUCAACUAUGACUACUAUUAACGCCAGUCUGGGAUAGUCUGCUGGUCUGACACCUGUCAUGUAGCUGUCAACAUCUGAUUGCUCUGCAGCUGCUUCAGCCUCGUUGUUUUAAUUAACUACAUCCGACCGUAUGACCCCGUAUUAUUGAUGCCCUAGGUCCAUUCUCAUAUAUCAGUACUAAAGAUGGAGAUAAUGCACAGAAUUUGACCCUCGAAAUGCAUUGCCUAUGAUUAACAAGUAAGUUUUUAUGCAGCUGAUUUCUGUAAAAUACAGCUAAACUCUGCCUUUUGUUGCAUAACUAGAUUUUUGUAAAUAAAGAUGUGGCUCGUACUGCCCAAGCUCACUGUUUUUCUUCACUUCCAAUCUGAAAAAAAAAAAGGGUAGAAAUGAUCACCUUCUUGUCUUAUAAGAUCAUUCACAAAAUAUUGGAAAUAUUUUAUUAAAACAGCAUCAUCUGAGAUAGAUAAUGCAAAACCUGACAUAAGAUUUCACAAAGUAGAACACCAUUAUGUCCUGAUAAACACAUAAUAAUUCUGUAACAGUCUUUGUGGAGGAUUUCUUUCCCAGCCCCGCGGUGCUCUGCAUGAACAGCCAGCGGGGCGCUUGCACGCUGCUGAUAAGAGCACAAAACAUCCAGUGGAGAAAAAAAACCAAACCAAAUAAGCCAGGUAGCUCACCUCUGGAGACACAACAGCAUGAAACUGAUAAAAUGAACACAAAAGCACUGAUUCACAGCACAAGCUGUUAGCAUGAUUCUUAGUUUGUAAUUUAAAUAGCAAAAGCAAAAAUUCACAAAAAGGUAGGCUGGGUUUCAGAUUUCUUUUUUUCUUCCUUGAUUGAGUUUUGUCCAUCCGACACAAAAGUUCCAGACUUCAGCCCUUUUUUCCAGAGUACAGUCAGCCGAAGAUCCGACACAAGGCAACAACAACAACAGCUCAUUUGAGUAGUCUGUCCUUUAGAAAAAGACAAUAUCCCAGAGUGCUUUACUCGACAGUGUAUUUUAGGCAGUCCCCCUUCAAGGGUCCCUUCGGGAGUCUUUUCACUUCAUUCUGAUUCAGCAGAGUCUGUGCUCAGACGCCUGACCUCAGUUGUGCCGGGGUCUUCCUUUCUUCAUGCGGGCAGCUUUAGGUUUGGGGAUGUACUGGUUGUUGGCCUGGUGCUCCAGUUCUCUGCUGAAGUACUGGAUAGUUUUGUUUAAGCCUUCCUCCAACGGCACCUGUAAAUGAGAGACAGCAUAGGGUGAUAUGAUGGAAAUGAGGUGUAAAUGAAAAGACUGGCCAUGUACUUUCCUGUUAAUGAUGAACUAUUGAUAGAAGCUGCCCUAAUAUCCCUACAGAACGGUGUGUGAUUACUCAUUUAACUGGAAAAUAUCACCUGAAGACAUCAGAUACACCUGCAUCUUUCCUGCGGUUUAAUUUGGAUGAUAGUUUUUAAUGAGCUCAGUUCUCUUUCAGAUGAAUAUGUCACAUAAUCAAUACAGAGUUAACAGUUUAAUGGAAGUGAGUGAAAAAAGGAUCACAUGUCAUUCGUUGCUUCAGAAUAAACAACAAACAUGUGAAUGAUUUCUUAUCUAAGCAUUCAUUUCAACUAUAAUAGAGAGAGUAACAAGAGAGUAAUGGAUAAAGUUUAGAGAGCAGGUUGUGGUUUUGGGGUUGUUAUUAAUUGGCUGCGUUGGUGCUUGAAUCUGAUUGGUCAAACCUCCAUAAAAACAACGAUGGUGAUUCUCAACUCUCUCCUGUUUACACAAAUAAACACACAUAUGGGUUACAAUAUCAACAAGCCAAUCACAGAGCAGCGUAGGCCAACUUCACACAAGAGCCGUGAGUUGAUGACACGUCAAUUUUGAGGUCUCACUAGUAAGUUACCGCUCAGCUUUCGAGACGAAGCUGCUGACCCCUCCAGCACAGAGUCACAGAGCAGCUCAUCGGCUGGAGUUAGUGACGUCUUUGCCUGAACGGGCAAA